AUUGUUUGUUUUUGCUAAGUUUUGCUUGGUUGUUGCAGUUGUUAAGAUGUCGUUGGAACUGGCAUCAACGUGCCGAACUUGCUUGGAUGAGGACAGCAGAUAUUACCAGCUGGAGGAUUAUGUGGACGAGCACCACACAAUAUUGGAAAUGCUACAUGAAGUCUUACCCCAAAUUAAAAUAAAAGACGAGUCUGGAAUAGAGUUUUCUUCAUUGAUAUGUGAAACAUGUGUGGACAAAUUGGUAACAAGCUUUAUGUUUCAACGUCUAUGCAUAGACACCGAUUCCCGUUUGCGCCAAAUGCUGUUACACCCCGUUGAAGAGGUGGUCGUUGAACAACAAAGCGAUUGUGAUGAGCCUUUGUUGGAAGAGGAAAGCCUCCAGGAACAUAUCGAAAUCGAAAUAAAAAAUGAAUGCGACGACGAUGAAGUAGAUGAUGAUGACUAUGAUUACGAAAAUUACGAUUUUGAUGAGGAUAGAAUAGCCGAAAUCGACGGUGAAGAAUUUGGAGAAGAUGAAGAAAGGAAUGACAUUAGUGGCGAGGAAAACUAUAUACAGGAAGAAGAUGAAGACUGGAAGGAUUCCGAUGGGGAGGAGGAGGAGGAGAAUCUAUUGCCUGAAAUGACUAAUGAUGAGAAAGAGGCAAAAGAUUCAUUAAAGCCGCCAGAAACUAAAACUGAACAGGAAAUACUAGAGGAAAAGGCCAGCAAAUUGUCGAUACCCUUUCAAAUCAUCAAAAUUCAUGAAUAUAAAAGAUUCACGUGCACGGAAUGUGAAAAAAUAUACGAUCGUAUUUCACGAGUAGAACAACAUAUGAACAAAAAACACAAAUUCAGUCUUAAGGACGUCAAAUUGUACAUUAGGUACGUCGAAAGCAAAUUGAAUGAGACGAAUAUUGAAAAUUACACAGAAUCGCCAUACAAAACUAAAAGAACAUCUUUUGGUAGUAAUCGCCAUUUUCCGUGUGAAAUUUGUGGAAAAGUAUUCGACGGUUAUACACGCUUGCAGCGGCAUGAGGCAUCGGUGCAUUCCACGGAUAAGCCACAUAUUUGUAACAUUUGCCUAAGGGGAUGUGCCAGCCAAGACUCCUUGAGAAGGCAUCAAAAGGUUCACUUUAAAAAAGAGGAUGAUGAUACUGGAGAAGGCCUUAAAUGCCCAUACUGUUCGAAACGUUUUACCAGUAAAAAUGAAUUGGCCGCUCACCGUUUGACACACGCUUCAAAUUGCAAAUUCGUCUGCAAAAUCUGUAAACGUAAAUAUAUGACACUCAGGACAUUAUGUGACCACAUUAAAAGAACGCAUCCAAAUAAAACUUUCCCUUGCAAGCAGUGUGACAGAAAAUUUCCGCUUAAGGAGCAACUAUCUCGACACAUGCAUUCGCACAGGAAAGUUGAACUCUAUUGUUCGAUAUGUGAAAAGGAGUUUACCUCAGAACUUGCUGUGAAAGAACACAUGUAUAUUCACACUGGUGAAAAUCCAUACCUAUGUCCAAAGUGUGGCAAAGGAUUUAAAUACAGCAGCAGUUUGCGAAAACAUAUAGCACGUCAUAGCGAUCAGCUGAUAUUUGAAUGUCCCUUUUGCGAACGUAAAUUUAAGUGCCGAGAAGAUGUAAAUGCUCACAAAAAGCUUCAUCUUAACGACAAGCCUUUCAAAUGUUGCAAAUGUGGCAUUAGAUUUACCAAAAGAUACCAUCUGAGACGCCACCGAAAGUUGAUAUGUACAUAAAUUGCCAUCAGGGCUGAUGUCAGUGAUCUUAAAAUGGAUAAAGUUAAUUAAAACGGUUUGAAUUUGGGAGAAUUAAAAAAAACUUAUAAAGAUCUAAAGCUUAAUUCAAUCAGUUAUACAUCUUGAAAAAUCCAACAUAAUGUAAUGAGCUGCAUGAUUGAUUGCUCCAGUUUUUAAAUGUAUUGAGAUGUACAUGACCCUCCGUGCAGAUACACUUUUCGAUGACGAUGAGUUGAGUUCUAAAAAAUUACCAAUGAGCAAAUUAUAUCAAAAAAAGAUGAAAAUGUUAGCCAUUUCAAAUGUAUUUUUAGAAAUAAAAAUUUAGCUACAUGAUUUUUGAUAUUAA